UCCUCUUCCUCUUCCUCUACAAUACCCUCACUAUGGCCCUCCAGCUGCCACGGCUGGCGUACUAUGCUACAGCAGAGGAAGCGCAUAUUGCUCUACAAGCGCACGCAUCAGCGCAGGGCUACGGCCUAGCAAAAUACCGUAGUAAACUAGACAGAGUGGACAUACGAGCAUACCUCCUGGAUGCCGACAGCUUCGCCGCCAGCACCGCCUAUUUCUGUAGUCCCUCGUCCAGCUCCUGACGCUCGGAAUGCCUAUCAGUCGACAGCUACACCGGUUAAUCUUUCUCGUAUU